AUGGUGCUCCUCAGUCCCUCCAUCAAGGCUCUUAGACGUUUAUUAGCCAUAUGUGCUCGCUAUGCCGAAGACCAUGGGUUAAAGUACAAUGAGAAGAAGACAGAGAUGAUGGUGUUCAAGGCCGGGAGAGGUCCAGACCGGGUGCCUCCAGUAUUUCUGAAGGGCUCGCCAGUGCAGGUUGUAAACAAGUUUAAAUAUCUGGGCCACAUACUGUCGUCAGACCUGAGUGACGAGGCCGACAUAGAGCGCGAGCGCAGGGCUCUGGCCGUGCGCUGCAACAUGCUCGCGCGCCGGUUCGCACGAGCCACAAACGAGGUGAAAAUAACACUCUUUAAAGCCUAUUGUCAGAGCCUUUAUACUAGUCAGCUGUGGUUUCAUUAUACGAAACGUGCUUUCAGUGUACUGAGAGUACAGUAUAAUGAUGCCUUUCGGAUACUGAUGAGGCUCCCUCGUUUCUGCAGUGCAUCGGGCAUGUUCGCGGAGGCCAGAGUCCCUGAUUUCUUUGCUAUUAUAAGAACAAAAAUAGCUUCGUUCUAG